UCCUGUUGCCGCUCGCUCUUCUCCUCCCGUUCGCUUCCCCGUCGGCGAAGGCGGCUCCGGCAGCAAGCAGAGGCGGGGCGCCGUUUCCACGAACCCACGCGGGCGCGGCGAGCCGGGAGAGGCAGCGCGGCCUCCGCUCCGCUCCCUCCCGCGUCACGCGCCGAAUGGGGCCGGCGGCCCCGUGAAGCCGAGCCAGCUCCCUUCGCCGCCCGCGGGAGCCUCUCGCCUCAGCGGACCGGAUUCCGACUGCCGCCAAGGAGAGCCGGCCGGGCCGAUCCAGACGCCAGGCAAGGCCGGGCCCGGCCCAGCGCCUUCCCCGCCCUCGCCAUGCCGUCGCCGUCGCUGAGGGGAGGCGAAGGCGCGGAAGCGCCGGGGAAAAGCGAGGCCGCGGCCGGCAGAGCUUGUAGGGAUAUGUCCUCAGCACCAACCACUCCUCCAUCAGUGGAUAAAGUAGACGGAUUUUCUCGGAAGUCCGUCAGAAAAGCCAGGCAGAAGAGGUCGCAAAGUUCCUCCCAGUUUCGGUCUCAGGGCAAGCCUAUUGAGUUAACGCCACUGCCUCUGCUAAAAGACGUUCCAUCUUCAGAGCAACCUGAAUUGUUCUUAAAGAAACUCCAGCAGUGCUGUGUCAUUUUUGACUUCAUGGACACGCUUUCUGAUCUUAAAAUGAAAGAAUACAAGCGUUCAACUCUUAAUGAACUUGUGGAUUACAUUACAAUAAGCAGAGGCUGUUUGACAGAGCAGACUUACCCUGAAGUAGUUAGAAUGGUAUCUUGCAAUAUUUUCCGAACUCUUCCUCCUAGCGAUAGCAAUGAGUUUGAUCCAGAAGAAGAUGAACCCACCCUUGAGGCAUCAUGGCCACAUUUACAGCUUGUAUAUGAAUUUUUCAUACGAUUUUUGGAAAGCCAAGAAUUCCAGCCCAGCAUUGCCAAAAAGUACAUAGAUCAGAAAUUUGUAUUACAGCUUUUGGAGCUGUUUGACAGCGAAGAUCCUCGAGAGCGGGACUACCUAAAAACAGUCUUACACAGAAUUUAUGGCAAAUUCCUUGGUCUUAGAGCAUUUAUCAGAAAACAGAUAAACAAUAUUUUUCUACGGUUUGUUUAUGAAACUGAACACUUCAAUGGUGUAGCUGAACUGCUGGAAAUAUUAGGAAGUAUUAUCAAUGGCUUCGCUUUACCUCUGAAAGCAGAGCAUAAACAGUUUUUGGUGAAAGUGCUGAUUCCUCUACAUACUGUUAGGAGUUUAUCACUCUUCCACGCACAGUUGGCUUAUUGCAUAGUGCAGUUCCUGGAGAAAGACCCUUCCCUCACAGAGCCUGUCAUUAGAGGUUUAAUGAAAUUCUGGCCGAAAACCUGCAGUCAAAAAGAGGUUAUGUUUCUUGGGGAACUGGAGGAGAUACUGGAUGUGAUUGAACCUUCACAGUUUGUCAAAAUUCAAGAACCCUUGUUUAAACAAAUAGCAAAAUGUGUCUCUAGCCCACACUUUCAGGUGGCUGAAAGAGCACUGUACUAUUGGAAUAAUGAAUACAUCAUGAGUUUGAUAGAGGAGAAUUCCAAUGUAAUACUUCCCAUCAUGUUUUCCAGUCUCUACAGGAUUUCCAAAGAACACUGGAAUCCGGCUAUCGUGGCAUUAGUAUACAACGUGCUGAAGGCAUUUAUGGAAAUGAACAGCGCUAUGUUUGAUGAACUGACGGCCACUUACAAGUCAGAUCGCCAGCGCUUAUCCAAAGCAGCAGGUGAAACUAAUGAGGAAACUUCGGGAACUCCGGGCAGUUUGCGACUUGGUGAAAGUCGUGUCUUUUGUGAGACUCGGGGUUCCCACAAGCAAAACCAAGGGUACUGUAUGUCAUCAAGCCUUGUUAGUGAGAAGAAAAAAGAGAAGGAACGUGAAGAACUAUGGAAGAAACUGGAGGAUUUGGAAUUAAAGAGGGGUCUUAGACGUGACGGAAUAAUUCCAACUUAACAAAAAGAAAAGAAGCAGCAUUAAUGAUCCUGUGGAGUCACACAUGUAUGUAGUAGAAGAUGGAGCAACAGUUUUCUGUAUUGUGCAACUUUACAGUAGAUUUCACAUUUGUUUCAUUAUUACAACAGCACUGUAUAUAUCUGUCUCUAAGUAAUGGGGAAAAAAUAAGGACUUCAAUCCAAAGUUUGGACAACAGAUGGACUUCUCAGAACUUUGCAAAAUAAUCAUUGUUUUAACCCUUCUUUAAACCAGUCUUCAAAAGAUCUGUUGAUGAAAAUCGCUAUGUCCAAAUUCCAUUGUCAGGACCUGUUCCUUAUUUAUCAUUAGCAGAGAGUGAUACAAUUUCAAAUGUGAACAAUCUUAAAUUUAGCUUGUCUUUCUGCUAAAACUGUUCAAUGUAUUUAUAGUAAAAGAGAAAAAAAAAGAUGGUCAUUUUCUUAUGAGUUUGUGUUAACAUCUUUCUCCUCUGGAUAACUAUGAUGUAAUUUGACUUUGGGGCGGGGUGGGGGUGGGGGAUCUUUUUCCUUUUUUGCACAUCUUCAUGAGUUGAAUGUUUAUACAGAUUAGGACCAUGAUUAAAAAAAUAGGGUCCUUUAAUGCUAAGAGUUUUGUUCUGGUAUAAAGCAUCUUUUGAGUACCAGACUUGCUUUGGUGCUCCUUUAGUGUGAACAUUUACAAAUAAAUAUAAAGUGGUUAUAAACAGAAUUGGGAAGUGUGCUUUGGAUUAGUCAAUGGAUCAGUUGAUUGCACAUCCAAGCUCACCUCCCCGAUCCUUAUCAAAGUGUGCAGUGGCAACAGCGCAGACUUCAGUAUCUGACCAGUAUUAGUUGUACUCCGUGAUAAAACCUCAACCGGGUUUGUUUUAGGAAUACUGAGGCUAAAUUAUUGUAUUGCUAGACAUUUUCUUUUAGGCCAUUUGGAAAUAAUAAUAAAAAACAAAAGCUAAGGAAAUACAUCUAUGAGAUGGAUCUCAAAAUGCCAUCAUGGAUUUAAUUACCAGGAUUUUGGGGGCGGGGGUGGGGGGGGGGAGAAGAGGACUUGAGCAAAAGUUUGGAUUGUUUGAAGUUUUGUUGCCUUAAUGUAUUUAUUAAACAUUCCAGCAAAAAAAAGAGGGGGGGGGAGGGAAAUGUAGCUUCUGGGGUGGAAAAUGCCGUGGCACAUUUGUGGCUUGAACACUGUUUUUCAUCACAGUAAUAUCCUUUUUGGUUUUGAGCUGGAAUGGAUUCCGGGUGACAUACUUCAGUAUUCUGGACUUGGAUGCUCGUUCCUAAUUACUGUAUUUGUUACCAGAAGUGGUUCUCAAAAUACUACUGAAAAAAGAAUACCCCAUAAUUCUGGCAAUCCGAAUGGGCUGAGUAUUAAUGAAAGACGUUUAAAUUGAUUUUAUAUCAAAGGUGCAUUGUGACCAAAUUGUUUAAGAUUAAAAACAACAACAAAAAGAGAGAGAGAGGGCUGUAUUAUAAAGUAUACAUUACUGGCUAUCUGCUUUGUAUUUAAAAAUGAAAUCUCACAUCUUUGGUAGAUAAAAUGCUGAUAAGACUUGUGUACAGUAUAUAUUUAGCUAAUGCAGGUGCAUUAUUAUAUACCGUAAGGUAUGUGUUUUUCAGGAUUUUUCUCCAGGAUGCUUUUGAACUGUUAUAUGACAACAAUGAAUUGAUUAUCCUAAACCAUUGAUCCAGCAGUAUUUACAGUAUAAAGCUGAGUUUGGUGUUCAUGAGUCUUUUGUGAUAGUUGCAAACAUGAAUUUACAACCUGUUGCCAUUGAUAGAAGUACAGUAUAAAUACAAGCUUGUAUAUUUUUUUUUCUUCUUCUUGCCAUUUAAAUAUUUGGUAGAAUUUGAGGUUUCCUUGUUUCCAGGCCAAAAAGAAAAAAAAAGGGAAAAAUAAUCCCCUUUUGACUGACUACUGUUUUGGGAUUAUUAGGUCAGUUUUAUACACACAAGUCUUCGCAUAUGGAUGUUGUAAACUCGAUGGCUUUGUAAAAACUUGAUACUGUUAAUUGGGGGGUGGCAGGGGACAGAAGUAAACUAGUCAUAUGCCACAUUGAACACAAUAUGGUUUAACGGGAUUAAGCUAAGCCUCUUUUAAGAACAUUGACUGGGACUCAAUGUAAACUCGGCAGACGCUGCCCUAGGUGAAACGUUCUAUUUUAAAAAGUGCUGGAGCAAAGGUGCAAGCUGAAAUACUGAAGAUGAAAUAAAUUUAUAAC